AUGCCAAGGCCAUCAAAUAUUAAAGAAUUGGAAUCAUUUAUAGGAAAAAUUAAUUAUUAUAAUAAAUUUAUUCCGAAUUUUUCGAAAACUGCAGCUCCACUAAAUGAACUCAGAAAAUUAAAUGCAAAAUUUGUUUGGACUGAUCUACAAGAAACAGCUUUCAAAACUUUACGACAAGAUAUUGUGAACGCUACCAAAUUGGUUCAUUAUGAUGAUAAAUAUCCAAUCAUUCUCGCAACCGACGCUUCCAACCGCGGAAUUGGAGCAGUUUUGUCUCACAGAUUUCCUGAUGGCUCUGAAAAACCAAUAUGCUUUGCUUCAAAAACGCUGAAUGCUUCUCAAGUUAAUUAUUCUCAAAUAGAGAAGGAGGCUCUUGCCAUAAUAUUUGGUGUGAUCAAGUUUCACCAGUAUCUAUAUGGUAGACACUUUGAAUUAGUAACAGAUCAUCAAGCUCUUACUACAAUAUUUCAUCCCUUCAAAAAGCUUCCUAUCAUGACAUUGCAUCGACUUCAACGCUGGGCCAUUACACUGCAAGCAUACGAAUAUUCUAUAAAGUAUAAAACAACUUCUCAUCAUGCAAACGCUGACGCAUUAUCAAGAUUGCCAAUGGGAGAUGAUAAAGAAUUCGAUAAAACUGAAGCGGAGGUGUUAUAUAUUGAUGAUGUUUAUAAUACGAUAUUGCAAGACUGUCCUAUUGAUUCCGAAACUGUAGCAUUGCACACAAAAAGCGACGAAACACUAAAAGUUAUCACGAAUUAUGUGAAAAAUGGCUGGCCGGAGGAGAAUAAAUCGGAGGCUUCUUUCAAUCCGUAUUUUGCAAGAAAAUAUUCGAUUUCUAUCGAAAAGGAUGUGCUUCUUCUGCACAAUGAACACUCACGUGUAAUAGUUCCAAGCUCACUUCGCUCAAAAGUUUUGAGUAUGCUACAUGACGGACAUUGGGGUGCAUGUAGAAUGAAACAAUUAGCAAGAAGAUAUGUGUGGUUUCCGAAUAUUGACCAAGAAAUUGAGAGUAUGGCAAAAAAAUGUACGAUUUGUCAAGAAAAUGGGGAUAAUCCGAAACAAGUAUUUUCUGCAUGGCCCGAAGCUGAGCAACCAUGGGAAAGAAUACACAUUGAUUUUGCUGGUCCAUUUUUAAACAAAAUGUGGCUUAUUGCAGUUGAUUCGUACUCCAAAUUUCCUUUUGUCAGGCCAGUAUCUGUAGCUACCUCGGGAUCAACUAUAGCAGCUUUACAAAGUUUUUUCGCAAUUGAAGGUCUACCACGUACCAUUGUAACUGAUAAUGGUACACAAUUCACGUCAUCUGAAUUUAAAAGGUUUUGUGAAGUAAACGCUAUUGAGCAUCUGACAACAGCCCCGUUUCAUCCGGCUUCGAAUGGAUUAGCUGAACGUUUUGUUCGAACUUUUAAGACAGCUUUUACUAAGAUAAGUAAGGAACAACCAAAUCAAGAACAGGCGUUGUACAAGUAUUUGGUAACAUAUAGAUCAACACCAAACCCACAUACUGGUAAAUCUCCAGCAGAAUUACUUCACGGUCGUCAGCCUCGUACAAUUUUAACCGCAAUGUUUCCUGUGAAGCACGAAUUAUCAAAAUUUUCUUCGAAGUUAUCUAUUGGUCAAAAGGUUUAUGUACGAAAUUUCUCUGGUAAAAAACGCUGGGUUGAAGGAGAAAUAAAAGCAACAAUGGGAAAUUUAAUGUUUACAGUAAAAACAGCGCAGGGCGAAGUCCGAAGGCAUCAAAAUCAAAUAAAAAGCAGAAUAGAAACGAGUGGAAACAAUAUAACUAAACAAUGUCAUGUAUCAAAAAAGACAGCUAAUGACGAUAUAGACAUAUUAAUUCCAGAUAACUAUUCUAAUAUGAAUCCAAGCGUAGAAACAAGUGAACGACACUCAACAGUUAUCGAACAAACCAACAUCGCAAGCAGUUGUGAGAGGUUAGAACCAGCUAAUCAAGCUUCAGGUCAAACCACAAUUGUGGAAGCUUCCCAAAAUAUGCAAUCCAACGGACAAGGAACUAGCGGAAAACAAAACUGUCAAAACAGCGAAAUGUCACGCCCCUGUGGAAAACGUCGGCAACAGUUUACCCCCAGAAGAUCGGAAAGAAUUCGGAAAAGAUUUAAAGGGAAAGCAAAUUAA